UGGCACAGGCUGAAUUUGGUGAUUGCAAUGAUUCAGUUGCUCUUGUUCAGUUUUUUACCUAUUGGUGUGAACAUCUGGGCGCACCUAAAGAUGAAGACGAGUUUAUCAUUGAUCAUAUUCAAAGUCUUCAAUCUGAAAUGAAAGGUAUGAAACAAACAACUGCUGAAUAUUGGUUGAUUAAAGAAGUCUCUGGCCUACAAAAUUUUGGUGAAGAGGUGUUUGAAGGCAGAACAACAAACGGUUCUUCARUAUUGGUAGGAGUUGGACCACAUGGUAUUAGUUUGGAGCACCCAGAUCAAGUUGAUCAUGAAAAACAAAUGAUUCCUUAUACCGYGAUCCGCAGUGCUGCCAGCCAUCGUCGUGUAUUUGAGAUGUGGUAUUUGGCAGGUGUUGAACAUUCCGAAACACUAUUUGUAUUGAAAUUAGAAUCUAGCCUGGGUGCAAAUACUCUAUAUAGAGCACUUACGGAAAAACAUGCAUUCUAUAGUUGUGAAACGGUCAGAGGGGCUGUUACAUCACAAUAUAUCAGGGAUCUCAAGGGUACAAUUAUAUCUAUAUUUAAUGAAGAUUCACCGUUAGGGAAGAAAUAUGUGUUCGACAUACAGAGGACCUGCCGUGAAGUGCAUGAUAAUGCACGCCGUGCACUUUACGAAAAGCAAAACAAAGUUACACCAUCUAGCUCUUCAGUGGUACUGAGUUCACCUGAACCYGAGCCAACAACUUCAMAGGAUAGCUACAAAUUGGCCAAGCUCAUUGAUGCACUUACAUGUAGAAUUUGCAUGGAUGCCACUAUUGAUCAUGUAUUUUUCCCAUGUGGCCAUGUUAUUGCAUGUGGAACAUGUGUUAAACGAUGUGAAACUUGCCCAUUGUGUCGAGGUGCAAUUGAUGAAUCUAGACAUGUGUUUAUUCCAACUUUAGCUGACUUGCCUGGUCUUCAUCAUUGAUGCUAUAACCUAGUAAAGUAUGUUCAAAUCAUGAUGACUCGUAGAAGGUGUACUGUCGUCAAAAUUGACCUCAAAGCAUGAACGUCUGUGAUAAUGCUAAUAUAUAAAAACUUCCUAUACUUUCAUACUUAUUUAUUUUUGUUAAAACAAUUUUUWUAUAGUAUUGAUGUAAAAAAUGGAAAGGAAAUUUCAUUUGUAUCAUUUACAUUUUGUUAAUAAUUCAUUUAGUUUAAGGUAAUAUAUUUUUAAGUAUACUUUUUAUAC